AUGGAUGUUGCAGCUUCAGAGUUUUAUAACAGUAAGGAUAAGACCUAUGAUCUAAACAUCAAGGAGGAGAACAAUGACAUAUCGCAGAAAAUAUCAGGAGAUAGUUUGAAGAAUGUCUACAAGUCAUUUGUUGCUGAAUAUCCGAUUGUUUCCAUCAAAGAUCCCUUUGAUCAAGAUGAUUGGGAGCAUUAUGCUAAGCUGACUACAGAGAUUAGUGAGAAAGUACAGAUUGUUAGUGAUGAUUUACCUGUCACCAACCCUAGGCAUGUGAAGAAAGCAAUAAAAGAAAAGGCCUACAAUGCCCUUCUGUUAAAGGUGAACUAA